UGACAACAUUUGGGGAGCAACUCAGAAGUGUCGUAAGGACCAGUAUUAAUGUGUGUCAUGAGCCGGAAAAGUUGAGUGACUGCGUUUUUCGUGAGGGAACAACCCCGGGAACCGCGGAACCCACUGGAAAGGGCAAAUUCCGCGGGCUUGAGUAACACCAACACCAACACCAACAUGCCAUUUGUCAGCAAUGUUCGUCCUCCAAUUCGUCCUCCAAUUCAUCCUCCAUAUAUAUAUAAAAUCCAGCGCGCGCUAAAAACAACAAAAUCACUCCAGUAACAGCAUACUACGUCUUUCACAGCUUCACUGUGGCGUUUCGAGCAAGUCUACGCAGCAUGACCAACUUCCAGAUCAAUAUCGUCAGCGACACCGUGUGCCCAUGGUGCUACGUGGGCAAGAAGCGCCUUGAGAAAGGCAUUGCAGCUUACAAGGAGAAACACCCCGACUCCAAUGACACCUUCUCCACAUCCUGGCUCCCCUUCUACCUCAACCCAGACGCCGGAAAGAGUAUGAACAAGGAGCAAGUGUGGAAUUCUAAAUUUGGAAAAGAGCGCAUAGCAAUGAUGAAAGAACGCCUAUCGGAAGUCGGCAAAGCGGAAGGCAUCAACUUCAAGUACGGCGGUAACACAGGAAAUACACGUGAUUCGCAUCGCCUUGUGCAGCUCGGGAAAACUAAGGGGCCUCAGGUCCAGACGCGUGUGAUCGAAGAGCUUUUUGCUGCGUACUUUGAGAACGAGAAGGACAUCACGACUCAUGAAGUGCUUACUGAGGCGGGUGUCAAGGCUGGACUUGACGAGAAAGAGGUCAAGGAGUGGCUGGAGUCUGGCAAAGGCGGGCCGGAAGUUGACCGGGAGGUACAGCAAGCCAGGCAGCAGUAUAUUACUGGUGUGCCAAACUUUACAAUCAAUGACCAGUAUGAAAUCGGAGGGGCGCAGGACCCGGCUGCUUUUGUUCAACUUUUUGAGCGCGUGAAGAAGCAGGAGGGGAGUCUUUGAUAGCAUUCAGGACUGUGUUUGAAGGUGAAUAGUUGAGAUGAUAUCCAAUUUGAUUACCUCUUUUCCUGGACUCCUGGGCUUACUACACAAGUGUCUGGCGAAAGGCAUUGCCGAAUUUAUAUCGAAACUAAGCUUAGUGACAAUGUCAUGGUUUGAGGAAACGCUCGUUCCGAAGCCUCCUGAGGGAACCGGUGUAUGACGGCAAUGAAGUGGCG